AUGACGGAUUCCAAGUCGGUCGCUAUUAUCGGAGCGGGCAUCUUUGGCCUUUCGCUAGCGAUUACCCUGCGAGAUCGAGGCUAUGAAGUGUCAGUCUUCGACCGGUGCCAGUACGAUGUAAAAGGCUAUGACCCCGCCGACAAUGUACAGGCUGCAUCUGCCGAUCACAACAAGAUCUUUCGCGCAUCCUAUGGGAAUGAGAUUCAUUAUCAACGCUUGGCCCUGGAGAGCCGGAAGGCAUGGGCCUUGGAGGAUGAGAAGCGCGGGUUCACGAGAAGUGAUGCUAGCGACGACCGGCUUUUUGUGAACAGUGGCAUGCUCCGUAUACAGCCAUCGGAUCACUUGGCAACGCUUGAGAAAGAGACUCUGGCGAAUAUGCAGCGUGAUGGUCUGCGGGAUACGCAGUUCGUCAUGAGCGAACCCGCAGACUGCGAACGUGCUGAGAAGUUGGGUUGGAAAGAUAAGAUGUUCACUUUCCCUAUUCCCGACUCUGAAAAAACAUAUGAGGCUGUUUUGGAUUCUUUGGCCGGGUUUCUGCGGUGCAGUAAUGCCUGCGCUCAUUAUCAAAAGGUUGCCGCCGACAAGGGAGUGAGGUUCAACUUUGGGCCACAGAAAGGAGCCGUCGACUCCUUGAUAAGAGUGAAGAGUAGCCUCGAGCCAGGUAAAGAGAAGGUAAAAGGUCUGAAGACCAGCGACGGCCUUGUUCAUCAUGCUAAUGCGGUUGUUGUGGCCGCCGGAUCAUUCUCGACUCAGAUACUACCAGAAUUGAGCUACCACCUCGAGUCUUCGGCCGGUAGUCUUGCCACCUACAAGAUAGACAAGAACAACACUGAAUUAUGGGACAAGUAUUCACCCGAACGAUUUCCCGUCAUGACCUGGAAGAGUACACCACGGGAUAGCUCCGGGGAGGACACUGGGAGUAUCUAUGUCCUACCAAGGACACCUCAAGGCCUCGUCAAGAUUGGGUUCCGGGGAGUCAAGUGGACCAAUUUCCAGCCAGCGCCGCGAGAUACCCCAUUCACUCAAGAUGGUCAGUGGUCAGUACCUCUUCCAGCGGAAGAGUGCUCAAUGCUCCCUGCGCCUGCACUUUACGCCAUCAAGCAAUUUGUCUCUAUCUUCAUGCCAGAGUUUGAGAAUACUCCCUUCUUCUCCACCAAGUUGUGUUGGUACACCGAUUCGUUGGACAAUUCGUUUGUGAUUGACCAUGUCCCAAAUUACGCUGAGAAAUCUGUCUUUGUGUGCACUGGUGGUAGCGGACAUGGUGCAAAAUUCCUACCGGUUCUGGGAGAGCAUGCCGCAGAUAUCUUUGAGAAUGGUGACAAUAGCCCCUCUUUCAUGCGGCCAUUCUGGCGCUGGCGCUCUGAUGCACCGAGAAGGAACGGUCUAGAAGAGGGCCCUGGCGGACCACGAGAUAUUUCGCACAAGUCAAAUCUUAACUUGUAG